CUAUAACAUCUAUGAGACUGGUAGGAUCUAAUUUAUCAUCAUUUUAAAGUUCUGAAGAGUUUUAGAAAGGUAAUACUUGUACUCUAUAUAUAUACACACACCUUAUCCAAAAUUCUUAUAACUUCCACCAUUUUCUUAUAUAAAAUUCCAUCCCAUCUCUCCCUGUCCCUCAAAACUAUCAAGAAAAACAUAAUGGCAACAAUAGUUUUGUAUCCAUCUCCAGGAAUGGGGCAUCUCAUAUCAAUGGUGGAGCUUGGUAAACUCGUAACCAAACACCAUCCUUCAUAUUCCAUCAUAGUCCUUACCCUAAUCCCUUCAUUCAACACGGGCGCCACCGCAGCCUACGUCCGUCACGUCUCCGCCACCUUUCCUGCCAUCACUUUCCACCACCUUCCUGAUAUUCCUCUUGACCCUUUACUUUAUCCUUCCAUGGAAGCCAUCAUAUUCGACCUUAUUCGACGUAGCAAUCCUAACGUUGAACGUGCACUUACAUCGAUUUCUUUAUCAUCAAACAUAAGUGCAUUUGUUAUUGAUCUUUUUUGCACUCCUGCUAUGCCUAUAGCUGAAAAGUUAAAUAUGGACGUGUACUAUUUUUUUACUUCCGGUGCAUGUUGCCUUGCUUUGUUUCUAUAUUUUCCUACUAUUCAUAAAAACACCACUAAAAGUUUUAAAGAUGUGAAUACGUUAAUCCGUGCGCCCGGAUUACCUCCUAUUCCGCCUUUAGCUAUGGUAACGCCACUUCUUGAUAGAACAUGUAGUGAUUAUUCGGAUUUUCUUGUGUUUAGUGAACACUUGCCUAAAUCAAAAGGGAUCAUUAUUAAUACGUUUGAAUCGCUUGAACCUAAAGCAAUUAAAGCGAUUAUUGAUGGAGAGUGUGUCUCCGGUGGGCUUACUCCCCCGCUUUAUUGCAUAGGGCCCUUGGUGGCUGGCGGUGAUGGUUUGCAUGAGUGUUUGAAUUGGCUUAAUUCACAACCAAGUCGAAGUGUUGUUUAUUUGUGUUUUGGGAGUUUGGGUGUAUUUUCUAGUGAUCAAUUAAAAGAAAUUGCUAUAGGUUUGGAAAAGAGUGGACAUAGGUUUUUGUGGGUGGUAAGGACCCCGCCCUCUAACAAAAAAGAAGACCGGUUUGUGCGACCACCAGAACCGGACUUGGAUAUGUUAUUGCCAGAAGGUUUUGUAAAUCGAACAAAAGACAAAGGACUUGUGGUUAAAACAUGGGCGCCACAGGUGGCGGUCCUCAACCAUGAGUCUAUAGGAGGGUUUGUGACACAUUGUGGGUGGAACUCAGUUUUGGAAGCCGUGACUGCUGGUGUUCCAAUGGUGGCGUGGCCUUUGUACGCGGAACAAAAGUUUAAUAAGGUAGUAUUGGUGGAAGAUAUGAAAUUGGCUAUACCUAUGGAUGAGUCGGAUGGCGGUAUGGUCUCUGCUAAAGAGGUUGAGAAACGCGUUAGGCAGCUGAUGGAGGGAGAAGAAGGACAAGCACUUAAAGAGGUAGCUAAAGCGAGACAAAAGGAGGCCGCAAUGGCAAUGGCCGAUUGUGGGUCUUCUCGUGCGGCACUAGCUAAGUUGGUUGCUUUGUGGUAGUCGGUUAUCAAUUCUUACAUAAUAAUCAUACAUAUUAUUUAAUCUUGUAUGAUACUAUAUGAUAAGAUCCUGAUCUUACAUUAUUUUUUUUUCUUUCAAUUAUAAACAUAAUAAAUAAGUGGAUCAGAGAUAAUCCGUUGUGAGUA